AUGUUUGAAUCACCAUUUGAUCUCGUCGAGGAAGUCCAAAUUAAGUCAGCAUCAGAAGCUGCAAAAGAGUCAGAAUUAUUAGCAUCAUUAUUAGACGAAAAAUCAGAAUGGGAUUCAAAAUUUAACGCAAUUAAGCGAAGUAUGUCACUAAUAAAAGGAGGCGCUCUGGAUUAUCCAGAAUUCAAUUUAAAUAUUUUCGUUCCUAGCAUAGCAAACGUUGUUACAGACCUUAGAUCAACUCUUGUCAAAUGGGGAGCCCUAUUUGCAUGCGCAUUAUCUAAAGUUCUCGGUGUCAAAUUUUCAAAUUUCACAGAUUUAUUCAUACCAAAUCUUUUCAAACAAGCUACUCACGGUACUGCAGUUAUUUCACAAUCAUGUCACUUUGCAAUUGUUGAAAUUGUCUCAAAUUCUCCUUCAAGAAAAACUGCGCGUUGCAUAUUAGAUAAAGCAUCCGAUAAAUCAUCAGCACGCCGCCUUAUUGUUGCCGAAUCUCUCAAAAUAAUGACAACAAGUUGGCCGAAAAACAUAUAUACGCCCCUCCAAACUGAUAUUUCUUCUGCAGUUACCAAACUACGCAAAGACGCAUCGAGUGAAGUCCGUAAUACAUUUAGAUCAUCACCUGGCCAGGUCUUACAGCCUCCUUCGUCAGGAACUCCCCCUUCAAUUUCAAGAUUAACUCCAAAAGAGUCAUUCAGGCGCUUAUCGCCUCGAAUACCACAGAUAUCCAAAACACCACGUCCAUCGUUACCAGCAGUACCUUCAUUCCAAGCUACAAAGCCUCAUAACGAAUCCGAGGCCACACAGUUCAUCCAUCAGAUUUCGCAACAACUAGAGAGUACAGUACCUGCUUCUAAGAAGCGCAAGGUCAAAAUGAUCCAAGAAGCAUUUCCUGCCGCAGUAGAUUUGACACCUUACGAUCCAACGCUUUACACGAUCAUUCCAAAGCUUCUGAAGCGCUACAAGGAUGAAACUAAAGAAGUUAUAACCGAUAUUUUGAUAUCAAUGGAACUGGACGAGAAAGUUCUCAAAUCAUCAAUUUCUACCUAUACUUUUGAAGGUCUUUUAGAGCUUUUUAAGAGGGAUGCUGAUGCUUUAGCCUUUGUUAAACAUGUAUAUUCAACGAACCAAGAGUUAGUUACAGAAAAUUCCCUAAAAAGACUCAAAGAAAUUCAAAAAUCAAAUCCAGAUGACAAAGAAUUCAAUGAAAUCAUUGAAUCAUUGACCCCUCAUAAAGAAUACAUAGAUGAGCUGAUAGACAAAGCCAUUUCUAACCAGAACUACGAUGGAAUCAUUACAGAAGCUUAUUCUUCAUCUGAAUCAACGAAAUUUAUGAAUGAUAUCAACAAUUCUGACAAAAUUCCUAACCUUUUCAAGUCAGAACAUAAUUUAACUGCAUGCGAACUAUGUGAGAACUUGAUAAGAAAGAUACCAACAUUAACAUUUGAUUCAUCUUUGUCUUUCUUGAUCAAAAAAAUCACAAAUUCAAGUUUAUGCGCUCCGAUUUCGGAAAAAAUUGUUCAUGUAAUAAUGCAACAAGGACAAAUACAUAAGAGAUUCUCUGAAUUACUAAAUGAGCCAGGUUUCUUGUCUGCACUCGCUAAUUACUUACCAAAAGCUAAUUCUUCAGCUUCGACAAAAAUUUACCAAAAUUUGUCAGAAAUUUUGGUUCAACAAAUGAAAAGUGACAAUUUGACAUCGAGGAGAUGUUCAGCUAUGUGCAUUAUAUACUUGAUGAAGAAUACUGGAGAUAAAUCCAUAUUAGAGAAACUGAAUGAAAAUCAAAAACUUGUUAUUAAGAAAUACAGUCAAAGACUCAACUUAUAA